AUGAAUCCAUCAAUGGAACCGCAGGCAUUUGGCGCAGGUCGAGCUGGAACUCCAUUUGAUCCAAUCGAUUUUAUAAAAAAACCACAGUCUAUUUUACGAAUUGUAUCUUGGGUCUUUGCUAUUAUUGUCUUUGCAUGUAUUGCACAAGAAGGUUACAUAAAUGCUGUGUGCCGUUAUAAUGGUUCAAGUGCAUGUGGAUAUGGUACUGCAAUUGGUGUUCUAGCAUUUCUCCUAUCGAUGGCUUUUACUGUCCUUGAUAUCUAUUUUCCGAAUAUAUCGAAUGUUUCACAACGUAAAGCAAUCAUUUUAACAGAACUAGUUACAUCUAUCAUAUUCACUUUGUUAUGGUUCAUUGGGUUUUGCUUCAUGGCUGAUCAAUGGCGAGUAGAGCCAGCAAAAGAUCAACCUGGAUGGAAUGGUCGCAACGAUGUUCAAGCAGCUAUUGCUUUUGCUUUUUUUUCGAUUUUAUCCUGGGGGGCCAUGUCUUUUUUCACAUUUCGUCGUUAUCGUGCAGGUCUUUCAAACUUAUUCAGUUCAAGUUAUGAAGAUCAUUCAGGAAGUACUGGACAAACAUACGGUGGAUAUCCACCAGCUGGUGGUGCUGGUAGUUUUUCUCAACCACCAUUUACGGCAACCCAACAAGCCCAAUCGAAUUAUCAGCCACCAACAUAUUGA